AUGGAUGUUUUCUUGACUCGACUCACGCAGCAGGCGAUGAACUAUGCGAUUCGCUCUGGGAUAGCUAUAACAGCUACCUAUGCGAUGCGCCAGUCAUCGCGACUGCUCAAGAAUGUAGAUGGCGAAGAUCGUGCGGAGCUACUUUCAUUGCAGCAAAGACUACAAAGCAAAAUACAGGUCAUAUCUCCGUCAAUUGACAUGAUUGAAUUGAUCGCCGCUCGAGGAAACACGUCUCUUGAGUCUGCUGUUGCUCUGACAAAAUCUCUGAGAUGGGACAUCCAGGCACUUGGACAGCGACUGGCAAAAGCAGCUUCAUCUGAAGAAUUUUCCAGAAAGAGCUCGAGAUCCCCAAAAAGUCGGGUAAACAUUGAUGUCGAAAUCAAGUACAUCAUUAAAGAUAUCAAGAAUCUGCUGAAUCGGAUUGAAGAUGCGGUGCCCCUUAUGAACUUGGCCAUCACCACCUCGGGAGCUAAACUAUCUACCAAUCUUCCUUCAACAGUAUCACCGUCUCGCCUUCUUCAAGCCAGUACAUUCCUAACCGCUUGCGAUACACAAUAUUCCAUGUCCCAAUCUCAGGCGAUUCAAACUGGACCCACAUUUACACUUUCAAUGUACAUGCUUUUUUCUAGCCAUGUACGCCCACAUGAUGAAGAAUCAGUCCGGGCGGCAACCUGGAAAGAAGUCAUGCACAAGGCCCGCUUGAAACUGCGACGCGUGCCAAUGAGCUUGUACUAUUCGGGUGAUCAGACCAGAGCACCGCAGAUUUCAGCGCCGGCAGGAACCGAUGAAUACGCCUACCAAGUGAUGAUUAUUGAGGACUUGGAUGAUGGGCGAGUCCAUACAUUUGAAGACGAUGAACCCCAACCGCAUAGUUAUGAAGGCGUUGUCAAUGCCGGUGUCAGAGAGAUUCUUCCCAUUCAUCAGAUCUCCAAGAUUUUUUACGCAGACACAGGUCGAAUUCUCAACAUCAAUUCUGAAGGAGAGACCAAUAACCCCGUCCUAUUGUUGAAAAGAGAUAUGAAUGCUCUUCCUCCACGUCGGAUGAUGGAAAGUGAAGAUGUUGAAGACGGGUAUGCCUCUGACAAGUCCGAGGACUCGUUAGAUGAGGCUCAAGCACAACUUGACUCCCAAUUACACGGAACAGGUGCCUCGGCCCAUCAAAGUUUUGACUCCCUCCACGAAGACUCCAUUCCCGAAGAAUGGCGUCUGCCUUCUGGCCUUGAUCCGGAAUGGAUCGCAUUUGAAGUCUACAACGAAGACGAAGGCUCGGAUACAGAGUCUGAAGCAGAUAACACUCCUCACACCCCGACUACUGAGCCUUCAAUCGACCCAACCAUGAUGGCAAAGCUAUCUCUCAAUGACAAGUCCUCCUCACCAUCGCCUCCUCCAUCUCAGUACAAUGAUGGUACUCAACCUACAGUGACAGUCUCACACCCCCAGUUCGAAAACAUUCGCACGUCCCUAUCCCUUCUCGAGACUCUUCUCCGCUUAACCUCCCUCCAGCAAUUCCAGCAACAAUCCCACCUAUCCAUCAGCGACGAACUGCUGAACUUCUUUCUUGAGGAAUCCUCAACCACUGGUGCCGGAGGUGACGAGCAGCACCGCCAGCGUCUCCGCUCUGAAGCCCGUCGCCGUGUUGGCUGGGAUCCUUACGAUGAAAGCCCCGUUAAACACCGCGGUGAAGAUUACCAGUAUGGUAGUCCCUCUGCGUAUCACCGCGAGGGAGACGAGAGAUACUCUCCUGGGGGAACUCCAGAAAGAUUCCAGCUUCGUUCUCGAGAGAGUACGCCGGAAACUCCUCCGCAGAGACGAGGUUCGCCUUCAACUCGCUACGAUCGAACACGGCCUAGUGGGUUACGAGGAAUGACUCCGGCAUAUGCAAGUGAGAGCGGCUCUACGACACGCUCUCCGCUGGCUAGGAAGACUAGUGGGGCGUCGAAUGAGAGUGUUAGGAAUAGGGUGAUAGAAUAG